AAAGUAUCCAAUCAUUUAGUCACAAAAAAGUUGCAGUAAUUGUUGAAAUCACAAAACUGCCAUAACAAAAAAGGACUCAAAAUUACACUUAACUUUUAAGAAAGAAAGAAAGAAAGAAAGAAAGAAAGAAAGAAAAACCCAGAAUAUAUUUAUGUAAUAUUUUGAACACUCAGACUUAUAUUAGUUUGAGUUUUAAAUCAAACAUUUCAAUCUUUUUCAUGGAAUAAAUGUAUCUAUGCUUAAUUAACAGCUUGUGUUUAUUAUCAUUGUUGUUGUUGUUGUUUUGACCAACAUCAUGCUAAUAAAACGUCAUUGCAGUGACGUCGUUUCCUGUUAUUGAAUUCUUUACUGGUGAUUACGAAAUACUUCAUAACAAAAACUUAGAGGUUUUUGUACUGGGUAGCUUUUCUAAAACUUUUAGGACAAUCAGAAAUAUGUCGGGCUUUAGGAUAGUGAGGAAGGCGUUCCUUUGCAGUAUUACAGUUUGUCUGGUCUUUACCAGCAUCACUGCCAUUAAGACCAUAAAAGUUAUUAAAGACCUGAACAAUGCCACAACACUUACCAAAGAAUUUCCACGACAUGGAUUUAUGCUUCUGCACUGGUUUGCCAACAAUGUGGAUGUUAACUCGAAUGGAGACAUACAGCUUCAGUUUGAUCCAGCACUGGGAAGCUAUGGAUUCCAUUGCCAUAAAAACAAGAUAUUUGGCCAAAAUACUCAAACUGAAGCAUUUUCUGAGAGUCAGUACUACUCUUUGGGAGACCUCAGUCGUAGAAGUGCUCGAAUGUUUCCUUUUUACGUCACACAGGACUUUCAUAAUUCAGAGGGAUUUCCUAAGAAAAACACAGACCGGGUGUUGAUUCAUGUUCAGAACAGAAGUCCAACCAAAGUGGAGAAAGUGUAUUUAACAGAGCAUGUUGACAACCAAGGUCAGGAAAUUGCAUACGACUUGGACAGCACCUAUGAAAUCAGUGCUAAACUUCUAACUCAAAUUCAGUCACUUAAUAAUGAUAUAGUUUGUGAUUCAGGGGAUCCUAGACUGGAUUUUAGCCUGUGUGAGUUUUUAAAUCAUCAGCAAAAAACAGCAAAAGUAUUGACAGCAUAUCCAAAGAUAUCAGGUCUCGAAUGGUUUCUGACUCUGGCCGGCUACAACAUUGACCAGAGGUUUGAUGUAUUUUCACAGACAUUUCUCUGCAUGACUAACCACACUGCUAAUUCAGCAAGUAAUCUGGAUGGGAGUUGCUCCUCACUGUCUGUUGAAGGUUACCCACACUACAAAGUCAAACUAGAGGUGAUAUCCACUUCACGAGGGUAUGCAAAGGUCAUCUGGAGUGGAAUCCCAGAGAAUGUGGCAAGGACGAAGGUGAACAUUGGCCUUUAUAAGGAUGGACCUGAUGCAGAACCUAUAAAAGAGUAUUCUCUGAAUGGAAGGACAUUUGGAUCCAUAGACACCGGGGUGCCACUUAAUCCUGGCCUUCAGGUACAGCUUUUUACAAAGGAAAAGGUUCCUUACUACUAUUUUUUCAAGUCCACGUACUACACAACAAUUUGGAAAGGCCCAGAGUUUGACGAAGCCAACAAGGUUCUUCCGACCAUAAUCAGAGGUUAUCAAGCCAGCUUGCAGCUUUAUACCAAGGAUGGCUAUGCCUGUGCUCGACUCUACAUUAAGAAGUCUUUUACUAAUUGGAAGAAUGUCUUCGACUACUCCUGGGUGGGAUUCUAUGCUGACCCGCUGGUUAAUAAUGAUGAUUAUAAAGCAUAUGCAUGGAGCGUAAACUUUGACAGGAGUCCAGAAGGUGACUGUCCCUUAGAUUAUGAAAUCUACCAGUAUGAGUCCAGCGUGUAUAUUGGCCCUGGAGUCCAGGCUCGAUUUAUGCUGACCACACAUCAGGGAAGUGAGAAAGCUCGAACUGUACCCUGGGAAGAAUAAUUUGUUUUCAAACAGUGGUCAAGCUUCUAGCAGAAGGUGUUGACCCUUAGCUUUGGUCCUACAGAUUUACAGGGUAGUAGACUAUAAAAUUGACUUCAUGGUUCGAUUUGUUUUCGUCUGCAUAAGAUUAGUGUCUUACUAGGAUUCCUGCUGACAUGUAUUGCUGUGUGUUGUACAGUAAGAGUCCUGAGGGUCUCCUGAGGGUCAUAAGGGUUUGAAGCAGAAGUCUUCACUCUUAUAUGCUCACAGUGCCACGGUGCUCACAGGUUUAAUUAAUUUGAUUGUAGACCAACAGUCCUACAUAAAUUUAUUAAGCAAAUACCUGCUUGGGAAGAUCCCUGGUGUAAGGGAUCACUGGUGCUCUAUGCGGAUUUCAAGAUGUUCCUAAGGGUUUCUGAAAAUCUGUUUAAAAAUAUACAUACGGCAACUUAGAUGAUUCAUUAACAUAGUUCAUGUUUGUGCUCAUGUAAACAGAGCCCUUUUAACUGUACUCAUUCCAAAAGACAAGGAAUAACAAAGUAUUCGGCAAUCUUUGAAUGUGAUCAUGUCAGUUCUCAGAUCAAGAUCAGGUCUUGAGUUUGAGUCGUUCCUUUGAAGAAGAUGCUCAGAUGACUACAACAACAAGGAUUUGAUGGACUCAACCGAACCUGAUUUAAAGCCUCUGAUUACUUAUCAUACAUAUGAACAAAACAAUUUCAUGCACAUUUGUUAAAGAUUUAACUUAUCUCUCAGACUGUUAUGCUGAUUAUAUGGCUUGUAAUUAAAAACAUUGUAUGAAAUGUAAGAAAAAUGUAAAAUAAAAACAUUUUCACUAGCA